AUGGCUUCUCACCGUCUGCUCCUCCCUUGCCUGGCUGGACUGGUAUUUGUGGUAUUUGUGUCUGAGGCUGGCCCUGCGGGCACUGGUGCAUCUAAGUGUCCUCUGAUGGUCAAAGUCCUUGAUGCCGUCCGAGGCAGUCCUGCUGUCAACGUGGCUGUGAAGGUGUUCAUAAAGGCUGCUGAUGAGACCUGGCAGCCAUUCGCCUCUGGGAAGACCAGUGAAUCUGGAGAGCUCCAUGGGCUUACAACUGAAGAGAAAUUCAUAGAAGGGAUAUACAAAGUGGAAUUAGACACAAAGUCCUACUGGAAGGCACUUGGCAUCUCCCCAUUCCAUGAAUAUGCAGAGGUGGUGUUCACAGCAAAUGACUCUGGCCACCGCUACUACACCAUCGCAGCUCUGCUCAGUCCCUACUCCUAUUCCACCACGGCCGUCAUCAGCAACCCCAAGGAAUGA